UGCAGAGGCACCGUGGGCCGGUUCUUCACUGUUUCCAGGCAACUGUGUGGACCACAACUAAGCACCCCAUGGGCCGAAUCCGGACUCUGGGCCUUGAGUUUGAUAUCCCUGGGCUAAGCCAAUAUCAAGUAAACCAUUUUUGGUUUUUCUUAUUGAUGGCAAUUUGAACAUUUGCAUGCAUGGAUUCUAUUGAUCCUGGGACUAGUAGGAAAAAGGAAGUCUAAACCUUUAGCUUUGACAGCAGCGUUACUGAUCACUCUAUAAGUGCACAAGUUUGUGAUUUGGAAGAUAUGUUUAGGAGUACAAGCUGUAUUUCUCCACCCACCAACCAAGCAAUCAAGAAUGAUGGUUACUGAAGUUGGAUCCUGAGACUUCUGUCUUUCCAGCUGGUAAGGGAAAAUUAUUGCUAAAUUAUCCUGAGCUUGGAUCUUAAAAAUCAUACCAGAAGUGUGAAGUUUUUGCCAUGCCAAAAGGUCGUUCCUUCCACUGAUGAAGAUUGAUUUGAAUUCUUAUCCUGCCGACCAAGUUAUCGAUGGUCCAUGGUGAAACUGUAAAGCCUUUAAGCUUGAUGGACCAUUCUCCACAUUUUAAUUUACGCCAUUGAUGGGCACAGUGAACAGAAUCUGAAUAGACCAGAACUGAGGAACUGCACUUACUACCUCUUGCCAAUUGCAGAACAAUCCAUUAAAAAGUAAUUUCUAGAUCACUGUGGCUGGAAGCAGCAGCUUUUGUGCGGCUGGCAGUGGGGAGAGUUUAAAAAGGUCCUAGAUGUGAAUCAAUCCCAUGAUGCAACAUGUCUCCCCAGCGCCAUCUCUGACAAUGAUGGCCACACAGACCGUACCCCCUCCCCCUUAUCAAGAACCCCAACAGAUGACAGCAACAACAGCCCAGCAGCCGGCAAAAGCACAGCCGGUGCACGUCACCACGCCCUCGGCAGCAGCCAAUGCUCCCCUUCCCAGCACCCCGAUCGACCCUCAGGCACAGCUGGAGGCUGACAAGAGAGCUGUCUACAGGCAUCCUCUUUUCCCCCUCCUGACACUGCUAUUUGAGAAAUGCGAGCAAGCGACGCAGGGCUCGGAAUGCAUCACUUCUGCCAGCUUUGAUGUUGACAUUGAGAACUUCGUACACCAGCAAGAACAGGAGCACAAACCAUUCUUCAGUGAUGAUCCUGAGCUGGACAACUUGAUGGUGAAAGCUAUUCAGGUCCUGCGAAUUCAUCUCUUGGAGUUGGAGAAAGUGAAUGAAUUGUGCAAAGACUUUUGUAACCGUUACAUCACCUGCCUCAAAACUAAGAUGCACAGUGACAACCUUCUCAGGAAUGACCUUGGGGGACCUUACUCCCCGAAUCAGUCCUCCAUUAACCUCCACACGCAGGAUAUGUUGCAAAAUUCUCCCAACUCCAUGACAGCCAUACCUGGCAACCCCCAAGGAAUUGUGGUACCUGCCUCAGCACUGCAGCAGGGGAAUAUCUCCAUGGCAACAGUCAACUCACAAGUUGUGACAGGCGGAGCCCUUUACCAGCCCGUAACUAUGGUAACAUCUCAGGGCCAGGUGCUAACCCAAGCAAUUCCUCAAGGGGCUAUUCAGAUCCAGAAUGCACAGGUUAACCUGGACCUGACCUCUCUUCUUGACAGUGAAGAUAAAAAGUCAAAGAACAAACGAGGAGUCCUCCCAAAACAUGCUACCAAUAUUAUGCGCUCCUGGCUUUUUCAGCAUCUUAUGCACCCCUAUCCAACAGAAGAUGAGAAGAGGCAAAUAGCAGCACAGACAAAUCUCACACUGUUGCAAGUCAACAACUGGUUUAUCAAUGCCCGGCGACGUAUCUUGCAACCUAUGCUUGAUGCAAGCAAUCCAGAUCCAGCCCCCAAAGCCAAGAAGAUCAAAUCCCAGCACCGGCCGACCCAGAGAUUCUGGCCCAACUCCAUUGCAGCUGGGGUUCUGCAACAACAAGGAGGCAACCCCGGGACUAACCCCGAUGGCUCCAUUAAUAUGGACAACCUCCAAACCCUCUCCUCCGAUAAUGCCACCAUUGCUAUGCAGCAAGCCAUGAUGGUGGGUCAUGAUGACUCACUAGAUGGGACAGAAGAUGAGGAGGAAGAUGAAAUAGAAGAGGAGGAGGAGGAGGAAGAAGAGGAGGAGGAGGAACUGGAAGAGGAUCCCGAGGAGCUCCAGACAACUAACGUCAGCGACCUUGGCCUGGAGCACAGUGACUCGCUUGAGUAGAGGAUUACAGCCAAUGGUGGAACAGUCGCCGACUGGAAAACUGUUGAACUUGCUUGUGAAACUCAUUGGCCUGAAUUGUAGAGAGCGCCUGAACGUUUGAUGGGCACAUCCCUUUAACAAUAUGAUUCAGCAACAGUACCCUUUCUUGAAUGUCCUACUUGACCUGUAUUAAACUGCAGAAAUGGACGUGGAAGUACACUGAACAUCUGUCGAGUGUGCAAGCCGAUUAUUUAAGUGAAGGACACACGUUUACAAGGCACAUAUUGUGACUAGUUUCUUCCCCACUCUCUCCCGCCUUUGUUUUUGAUAACCACAACAACAAAGGUGUUUUUAGAGUAAGCUGUUUUCUGUAUGACUGAAUGUUUUAUGGAAGUUCUAAUUCAAUGCCUUUUUUUGUGACAUGCAGUUCAGAGGCAUGGCUGUUUUCAUUUUCACUGCUUUUAUGAGAGAUUUAUAGAUGCAAAAAAGAAGAAGAAAAGAUCAGUGGUUUUUACAAAAGAAAAAGAAAAACUUAGAAGGGAAUGAUUUAUAGAAAUGUAGGUGGGGAAAAAAAUCAAACAUUUGCAAACGAGCCGAAAUUCAACGAAGGAGCAAGUGAGAGUUGAACGUCCUUUGCAGAAGGAUGUCUUGUGAGUUUUGCAGAUACGGAAUCCAUACGGACUCAGGUGAAGCCCCAAGCCAUAGGUCUGUGCUUUGCAACCAAUGGGACAAAUAGGUAACACCCUGUGAUCAAAAUCCCUUUUAGAGAAGAAUCACGUUUGCUUUCUGAGUGGAACGUUGUGACAUUUUAAUAUCCCAAGCAGAUGCCUUUGGUAUAGCAUGUAAUAUUGGCUAACCAGAAGGAAUGUUUACUCACCAAUACAGAAGUCAUAAUGGUGGCUUUAUGCAUUGGUUGAGUACAAGUAGGUUCAGGUGUCUAACAUUUGCAAGCAGGAAGGAAUCAGUGUCGGAGACAAUUCCUGUAGUUUCAGACAGAGAUAACCAGAAUAGCUAUCCAAUGGGGUGCAGGAAAUCAUAUUUUCACAAUCUUGUGUUUCCCAGGAACUCCUCUCCUCCCUUUAUGUUGCCCUCCAGCCCAUAAACACUCACAUUAAAAAAGCCUACAAAAUCAACAUUCAACUACACAUAUUAUGGACAUUUAAGGAAUGGGAUUUGUAAGAACGUUCCCCAUUAGCAAUCACUGCUAGUCAUAGGUUAAGCCUACAAACAGUGGUUGAUUUAAAUCUCCAUGUGAGCAUUGUCCCAGGACAGUGAGUUCAUUGCCUACAACAGAGCAUGCAAAGUAGAUAUGGAGUCCCCCAACAUUUUGCAAGCUGUGAGCGAUUUGGGAUUUUGAAAUUAAAGAAGGAACCCGCUUGAGAACAGCUACUGGUGGACAAACUCCCUGUAGACAGAGUGUCUGACACAGAAGGAGCAUAACAUUUUGUGAAAACCUGAUUUACCAGAAUGCCAUCUGCCACCCCCAUCCUAAGAGAGAUGGUGCCUACAAUAUCCCAUUUAUGUUUAUCUUUGGAAGUAAGGCAUCCUUCCAAACAAGACACUGAGUAGCAGCCGCCCAUCGUGUGCUAAGAAUGCUAAAGGACCCACAGGCUCACUUAGAAAUACAAAUGUCGCUGGUGGCUUCGCUUUGCAUCGUGCCAGUUCCUCAUUUUUUAAAAACAAAAACAAAAAUGUAAAACAAGUCAGGUAGUGUAAGAGCUUAACAGGAACCCAGGGGAGAAUCAAGUGAUGCUUUCCAUCUGUCUGCAGACAUUUAAAAAAAGAUGACUAUAGUAUCCAUCAGUAUUGGGAAUUGUUGACCCUGAACCUUUCUUUUUGUGGGAAUGUUUUUGAGCAAUUUCCACCUGGCAGCUCUACCAUAAACACUGGCCUUAAGAAUGCUUUUGUGUGUGUCUAAUGCAGUUUUCUCCCUUUAAAAAGCCACAAGUUCAAGAAACAGAUGUUUUCAUGCAGAUGGACAAUCCUAGAAAUAUCAUUAUAAAAGGCUCAAUCAGUUGAGUGAAGACAAACGAUCUUCCUGUGCACAUCAGCUCCAGCCACAGGUGCAGCUCUAAAUAUAACCCACAAAGGAAUCGGUGCAUGGAGCUAGUCCUUAUUGCUUCUGCCACACACCCAAAAAAACCCCACAUGGCUGCCGUAUUUUCUUCCUGCCAGAGAAAUGAUGCUUCUAAUAGGCAAAAAAAAAAAAAAAAGGCACUGUGGCACAGUGGUUACAAUGCAAUAUUGGAGGCUAACUCUGUCGACUGCCAGUAGUUCAAUUCUGACCAGUUCAAGGUUGACUCAUCCUUCCAUCCUUCCAAGGUUGGUAAAAUGAGGCCCCAGAUUGUUGGGGGCAAUAUGCUGACUCUCUAAACCACUUAGAGAGGGCUGUAAAGCACUGUGGAGCACUAUAUAAGUCUAAGUGCUAUUGCUAUUGCUAUUUUUGUAAGCAUGUCUCUGUUGAAGUUGUAACAUACAUCAAGGGUGUGGUUUCCUCUGGUAGAUUAGACAUGGAACCUUCUCAAAAUGAUUGAGGUUUGACCUUCAUUCUGCAGCCGUGAAGGUUUGGCAUCUUGAGAGUGGGCUGGGCACCAUUGUGACUUCUGGCAGAUCUUUGUAUCAUGAGAUAAGGAAAGGCAAGAGAAAAAACAAUGUCUUAAUAAGGAAUAAAAGCAACGUGUGUGAUGAAUGUUCAAUAUUUGCCAACUCAACAGUUUAGGUGAAACACUGUCUUAGCCAGACUGAAACCUCUCGCUCCAUCUCUCUUCCUUCAAGCAUCCCCUCAGAGACUGUUGAUUUCAUUUUGUGCACUGUGCUCAGGAAAAUGUCUCCAAUGUGCAAAAAUGAAAGGGAGGGAGGUCUCUACCAACUAUGAGCUACAAUUCGGGGGACUCUGACUUGGGAAAUACAUACUGUAACUCCAUUUUCCUGACAUGAAUGUAAUUUUCCCGCCCAGAGGGUGAAGGGGAAUGCUGACAAUGUUUUCAACAGAGAACUAAGACACCAAUAAUUUUAUUUAUAAUCUGUGUGUUUGCAAACAAUCUGAUUCCUUUUUUCUGAUGCUGUAAUAAGUGGGGCAGAAAAGAUUGCCCCCUAGGACUUGCCUUCCUUGCUAGCCAAAACUUGUCCAGUGGUUCAUACACUUUCCUACACUGCAACCCCCACACAAAUCUUGAACUUCCAAGAUGAAAGUUUUGCCCAUUUUACUGUUCAACAACAUAUCCAAGUGUCAGUUCUAAGAAUUCCUUUCUCUUUGCUCACAAAACACAUCUACCAUCUACUCCUUCUUUUGACUUUUUAAAGUAGAGGUGUCCAUCCCUGCCAACUUUCAGAUGUGUGGACUUCAACUCCCAAAAUUCCCC